CGUCAUUACUUUGCUUAUUUAGCUCGAAAUAUAUUUAAAUAUAUCUAUUGGUGUGACUGAUUUUGACGAAAUUGCUUUAUUUACUUGCAAACGUAAAAGCUGUGGGCUUUGACUAUAAAUAGCAUCAUGGGUAAGUCCAAGCAAACGGGGAACCACAAAAAGAAAAACUUAAAAUCAAUAAAGACGAAGCGCAGGACUAAAGAUCUGGAUCAGAUCCACUCAGACUUGAAGCCAGAAACCGCAGCCAAGCUGUUGAACCAGGAGGUGGACUUCGACGUGACGGGAUGCGCACAACAUUACUGUUUACACUGCGCGAGAUAUUUCGUUGAUAUGAGAUCCUUAAAGGAGCACUUCAAAACUAAAGUGCACAAGAAAAGACUGAAGCAGCUCAAAGAGGAGCCCUACACCCAGGCUGAGGCAGACAGAGCAGCAGGCAUGGGCUCCUACAUUCCCCCAAAGAUGAUCGAAGUCAAGACGCAAGAAGUGGAGGAGGACAUGGAUUAAAAAAAAAGAAUCAUCUGCUUUCAACAUGUAACGGCAAUAAAAUUUAGGGAGAUGCUUUCAGCUAUUUAUUAUUUCUCCAUCUAUAACACUGCGCUUUAAUUGUGAAGUUUUAACUUUUCUCUGCUUAUUUUUAGUCACAGUUAAAAAAAAGAAUUCAGAUAAAUUUUGUUGAAACUUAAGUUCACGAUACAUCUGUUUUUUUUAAUUGGUUGAUAAAUUAAGAUCAAUUAUUAAAUAUUAAAACAAUAUUUUAUUAAUUAUCUGCCACUUUGAACUGUUUAAGUCACUAAAGCUCCAGAAUCUGUAAAUAAACAAACCCGAAAACA